UUUUUCACUAACGAUCCAAACCAGCGUGGCGUGAGGGUAAAACUUUGUCCCUCGGAUAUGAGCUGAAAGCUGAUUAGGUUAGGGUGUUUGGGGGAAACGAUUCUCUGAGAGUCGUGAUUACAACAAUGUCGGCUCGAUAUCUGAGAAAAGUUCUCAGGCAACAAGAAUCUCAAGAACAACAACAGGAAGAUCAUCAACUCGACAACGACGAUGACUCCGAGUCUCCCGAUUCCUCCACCCCAGCUUUUGUAAACCCUUUCGAUCUCCUCAACGACGACGAUCAUGAUCGCGAUCAGCUGCAGGGUAGUGAGCCAGAAAUUGCUGAUGAACAUGAACCCUUGAUAGGAAACAUUGAUGACAGAGAACCCUCAGUGAAAGCUACUGUUAACACAGUUCCAUCAUCCAAUCACAAAGCAAAGAAAAAGAAAAAGAAAAAGAACAAGGUGGAUCCCUCAUCAAGUAUGGGAAACAUUGAAAAGCCCCUAGAUGUGAUUUUAGAAAAUUUGUCUAUUGAAGAUAACUCUUCUAGUCAUCCAUUGGGCCCUUUAAAAGCCAAGCCAGCAAAGGUAGAAAUCGGUGACAGCAUGCUUAAACAAUGCACGCCCUCCAUUUUACAAGUGGAUCCCAAAUUUCUAAGUGCAGAAAAUGAGCUGCGACGAAUAUUUGGUUCUAAGGUAGUAAGUUCAUUUCAAAAGAGUCACCAAACAGGCAGUUCGAGACAGGUACGUGGGGGGAGACAUGGAAGUCACAACCAUCGAAAAACUAUUCUUGUCACUCCAUCAGAACAUUGGCAUCGUUGGGAUGGGUCUUUGUCAAUGGAACUUUUGGAAACAAGAGAUGGGUACCACUAUUUCAAAUACGUACACUCAUCUUCCUAUAGCCAAGUGCAGAGUGCAUAUGAAGCGGCUAAAGCAACACAUGAUCUUAAUGGUAUAGCAAGUAUUUUGUUUUAUCAUCCGUAUCAUUUAGAUUCACUGAUAACUAUGGCGGAGUAUUUUAAGUUCUCUGGUGAUCAACAAAUGGCGGCAGAUUCUAUUGCAAAGUGUCUAUAUGCCUUGGAAUGUGCGUGGCAUCCAAUGUUCAGCCCCUUCCAGGGCACUUGCCAAUUGAAAUAUAUUGGCCAUGAAAGUAACAGGCCAUUGUUCACGGCACUUUUCACUCACAUGAAUGACAUGCACAGGCGUGGAUGUCAUCGCUCUGCACUUGAAAUUUGCAAAUUAUUGCUUUCUGUGGAUUCAGAUGAUCGAAAGGGUGCCAUGCAAUGUAUUGACUAUUUCUCUUUGAGGGCAGAGGAGUACAAAUGGCUAGAACAGUUCUCUGAGGAAUAUAGAACAGAUAACUCCAUAUGGUUAAUUCCAAACUUUUCCUUUUCUCUUGCCAUUUGUCGAUUUUAUCUUGAGCAUGAGGAAGGCUCAAACAAUACACAAAUGAAGCCUGGAAAAGCUACUUCGACUGAUCUCCUAAAGCAGGCUUUGUUACUUCAUCCGCCAGUCUUGAAAAAAUUAGUUGCAAAAGUACCUCUAAAGGAUCAAGCGUGGACAAAGAUACUCAAGCACAGUUACUUCGGAUCAGAUCAAACAGGAAUCCCGACUGUAGACCAUCUGAUUAAUAUAUAUGUCGAAAGGAGUUAUCUUAUCUGGAGGCUCCCCGAUCUGCAAAAAUUGCUUAGGAACUCUGCGCUACUAGCGAUUGAUACACUGGAGCGUAAUAAGUGUGAAGCUCAGGACUGGGCUUGUGUAAGGAAAGAAGCUUUCCCAUCGGACAAGAAUGAGUACAGCCAUUUAUUGGUAUCUGAUUUCUCCGAUUCAGUACCAACAAUGCCACCUGAUAACCUGCAGAAUUUUCUUGUUGAUCCAAGAAUGAGAGAGGUACCGAAUGGUGAUCAAGUUGCCAACCCACCUCAUGGGGGAGGUGCUCCCCGUAAUAUAGCGAACCGAAAUGCAUUGGCCGUCUUGUUCGAGUCUAUGUUGCCGUGGGUUGAUUAUGGUGUCGGAGAUGGAGUUGGUGAGGAUGGCCAGCACAAUGACCAUGUACAAGACCAUGAAAAUUAAAUUUGAAGCAGGUGCCAUGAAAGAUGUUGGGGCAGGAAGACAAUGGAAUUUGCAAUUACCGAUGUCGGAGAAAAUGGUAAUGUUUCGUGGAUGGAUAUACAGGUUUUUGGUGGAAGUUGGAAAGCUAAAAGAAUUUUGCUAGCAGAAUAAAAAUUUGUUGGUAUUUUUAUGAUAAUUUUUGUUGCAUGUGGAAAGCACUGUAGUUUUUAUUAUUUUAAUUUGUUGUUGCAUGUGGAAAGCAAUAUAGUUUUUAUUAUUUUUGUUCAUUUGA